AGAGAAAGCCAAAUUCAUCACGAGCGAAGAGAUCAAGCCAAUUUGUGAUACUUCCUCUCUUGUCGUCAUGGAUGGAAUUGCAGUCGUUGAUGAAGAGAAAGCAAAGAAGCUGCGAUUGUUCUUACUAAAGAAAAUUCAACCCUUCGGUUCUGUGGUCAAGAACGACAUUUUCAUACCUAUCGAUCCAGAGACGGGGAAAAGCUAUGGGUAAGAUUUGUGUUGCAUAUUAGAAUUGAAUGAACUAACAAUUGUGUGUAGAGCUGCUCUUUUCGAGAUGGCGAGUCCUGAGGAAGCAAAGAAAGUGAUUUCUGGACUUCAUAACACACCUAUGGAUAAACUUCACACAUUCCAUUUAUAUAGUUAUGCGGAUAUCGUCGAUUCUCUUCAAGAUCCCAACACAAUGGAGUUACCCAACAAAGAAUCGUUUGCCCCGUUGAAGAAGCUCGCCUCUACCCCAAGCGGUCUACAUUCGUGGAUGCAAGACGCAUUCCAACGCGACCAAUUCCUCAUCCGGUACAAAGACCAAGUAGAAGUGUACUGGUGCGACUCUCCCUCGCCACAGCUUGCACACGACGGCAAGAACGACCUCGCCUGUUCGCAGCCGCCCAUCGAAUGGAGCCCUCUGGGCACCUACGUGGUCACCUACCACGGCCAAGGCAUCAUGCUCCACAGCGGCUCCUCCUUCUGCGAGUGCGGCCGUCUGCCCCACAAGGACGUCAAGCGCGUGCUCUUCAGCCGCCACGAGCGCUACGCGCUGACCUGGAACGGCGCGACGGGCGCCUCCGCCAAAGACGCUGUCGCUGUGUGGGACGUGGCGACCAAUCAUCUGCUGCGCCGCUUCCCCUGCACCGACCCGCACUGGCCGUCCUUCGCCUUCUCCGCCAACGAGCAGUUCCUCGCCGUGAAGGGCAGCAACGGCAUCGGUCUGUUCUCGCUCCCCGACUUCCGCCUGCUCCGCCAGGCCUGCUUCGGCGUGCCGUCGAUCGCCGACUUCGCCUGGUCGCCCACCGGCGCCAUUCUGAGCUACGUGAUCCCCGAGACGGAGAGCAAGCCCGCCACCGUGGUGCUGCUCGACGUCCAGCAGGGCCGCAUGCUCCAGUCCGUCUCUCUCAACAACGUCCAGCAGCUCCGCCUCGCGUGGUCCCCGCGGGGAUCCGCGCUCGCCCUCGUGGUCGCGCGCAAGGCCAACCGGCGAGCCAAGACGCUCUUCUACCAGAUCUCGCUGGUCCGCGUGGCGCUGCGGAAUCUCCCGGUGGAGACCCUGCAGAUGGAGGAGGCCGUGGACGCGCUGGAGUGGGAGAACGACGACCAGCGCUUCGCGCUGCUCACCACCAACGCCAAGGCGCAGCACAACGUUUCGUUCUACGCGGUUACCGCGGGAAUGGAGCCCGGAAAGCCGAAGAAGCACGAGCUCACCAAACUCUAUACGAUUCCGAACCGCGCGUGCAACCGUCUCUACUGGUCUCCCGCGGGGAACUACAUUCUGCUGGCGGGUCUGGGGACGUCGCUGCGGGGGAAACUGGAGUUCUGGGACGUUUCGGCGCGGAUGUCGCUGAAGGAGCAGGAGCAUUUCAGCUGCACGGACGUGGCGUGGUCGCCGAACGGGCAUUUCUGCGUGACGUCGUCGUGCUACUCGAAGGAGAACAAGCAGGACUACGAGAACGGGUUCGAUGUGUGGGAUGUGACCGGAGAGAGCGUGGCGAAGAAGCGGCUGCCGCAGUUCCUGACGCUGCAGUUCCGUCCGUGGCCGAUGGAGUGCGUGACGGAGGAGAUGGAGGCGAAGGCGAAGAGCGAAUUGGAGACGAAGGAGAAGGAGUAUAAGAAGCAGAUGGUGCAGAUGGAGGCCAUGAAGCAUAUCGACGAGAUCCGGAAGAAGCUGGGAUGGAUCGAUGCGUUCAGAGAGCGGAGACGGAGAAUUCUGGAGACGAUGGAGGCGAUGAACGCCGAGAGAAAGGCGAUGAAGGACAAGGAAGAGGAGAUGGUGGAGAUAGAGGUUUUGGAGGAAGUGGAGCUGCUGGAACUGAAGAACGAGGCGUGUUUGUGUGUUUGUUGA